UUUGCCCAUCCUACGCUAUCAGAAUCACAGUAUGUGUAUACACGUGUAGGUACAGAUCGAUGGAUGUGACUGUUUCGCGCCAACGCACGAGUCAGUUUGGACCCUGAUCCCUGCGUCAUCCCGUCACCGCGUCACCCCGUAAUCGCUAGCGCGCCAUACUUCAUCAUCAAGUUUAUACACAACGCGUCGUUAUGCUUCGGUGACGCCCAACACCGAUCACCUCCAUGGACGAGCCCUCAAAACAGCUCCACCUCGAAACACGCGAUGCCGUCGUCCGAGCACUCGCAACGCGCCGUCCCAUCCUACACCACCUGAACGCCGACACGUCCUGGUUGCUGCAGAUACCGCGGCCCGCGAACGCCGUCAAGCAUGGCAGCCGCGUCUACUACAACAUCCUGAUCGACCCGUGGUUCGUGGGCGGGCAGUCGGAUGUCGCCAAAUGGUUCUCGCAGCAAUGGCAUGCUACACCUAGCGCGGUGCAGAGCAUCGCCGAAGUCGAAGAGAUGGUGCGCCAUGUCGAGAUACUCGCCGGCGGCAUGCGCAGAGGCAGCAAGCGAAGAGCCGGCGCCGCGGACGAGACCUUCGUCGACGCCGUCGCCAUCUCGCACGAAUUCACCGACCACUGCCACAAAGACACACUACUGGAGGUGCACCCCGACGUCCCCGUCUUCGCCACAGAACAAGCCGCCAAAUUAAUAUCCUCCUGGUCGCACUUCCGCUCCGUAACCACCACGCCCCCGUUCACCUCCGACACAGACUGGCACGACGUCUCGCUCCCACCCCUCCCCUCCUGGCUCAGCAUAACGCGCCUAACCGCGCCCUCAGACCCUCUAAACUACCACUCCGCGCUCCUCAUAACCUUCGCCACGCACCCCUUCCUAUCCACGACGCCGCGCAAACAGCGCCCCAGCCUAUCCAUCAACGGCGACGGCCUGGACGACCCCUGCGCCGCCGCCCCCGAGGCCGCAGAGGCCCUGCUGUACACGCCCCACGGCAUCCCGCCCGCGGCGCUGUCUGCGAUCGCGCACGCCGAGCCGCAGCUCAGGGUACUCGCGUUCCUGCACGGCCUGCACGACGUGCGGAUUUCGGCGGCGCAGCAGCUGAAUCUGGGCGCGCGGAACGGGGUGCUGGCGCAGCGGCUGCUCGGGGCGCGGUACUGGGUCGCGACGCACGAUGAGGUGAAGACGGGCGGGGGGUUUGUGAGCUGGUUUCUGAGGCGCAGGGUGUGGACGGUGGGGGAGGCGCUGCGGGAAGCGCGGGAGGAGAGCGGGGAGGGCGCGGGAGGCGACGACGACGCGUUUAGGGAUGUAAGGUUUCAGGAGAUGGGGAACGGGGAGAGUUUGAUUCUGGAAUAGAUACUGCGGGGCGGCUUGUUGUGCGCUUGUCCUGGAGCGCGGUCCCGGGGCCCCUUGCUUUGCUGUGCGUUGUAUGCGCAUACCCCUUUCUUCUGCUUCUUGUUUGCUGCACCCAGUGUAUUUCGCUGUCCCAGAGCGAAACGCGCUAGUCUGGCGCGCGAGCGCGUGCGCACGUGCACACCUCCUUCACCAUCACCGCCGCCCACCCAUCCCAAACAGACGAUGCACCUAGAUGCGUCUCCAGACCCAUGGAAACGUGUUCUGCCCAACAGCCAUAGCGUACUACUACCCGACUGACAGCAGCUGUUCCCGCGCUGCCACCACCACUGCACGACUCCACAAUUUCCGGUCCCGCAGACUGGAAAGGCAGGACAGAGAGGGACGUAGUAAGAUCUUGGGUUAACUAUUUUGGCGUGCUGUCGCAAGGGAAUUGUGUGUUUGUUAUACCUUCCGACUUUUGUAUCACACUGGCACACAAUGUAAAGAGGUC